AUGUCAGAAUUUUACGAUAAAUACAGACAAGGAAAUAAUCAAGAUAAUGGAAACACUGGAAAAGGAAAUAAUCAAGAUAAUGGAAACACUGGAAAAGGAACUGCUAGUUCUAAUAACAAGAGCAAUUCAACUUCCUCGUCGCUAUCAUCAGUGACUGGGUCUCCUUCCGCUUCUGCUAGCGAUACUAGUGAUCAAACCAUUACUACGGGAAGUUUAUCCCCAAGUGUUACCAAUGGCGCCGCUUCUCCUUCCUCCACUAAUACUAACGCAAGUGCUGCUUCUCUUUCUUAUGAUCAUCACUUUGGACGCGAAGUUAUUGGAAUGCUCUUUGUCACUUUCGUCACCGCUUUGAAUAAGUCUAUUAAAGAAUCUCGAAGAUUUGAUCAAGCUAUUAUCGGAAGUCCAAGAAUACCUAAAAAGUGUCAAAAGUCUAAUGCCAAACGUCUUCAAGUGUAUAAAUCAAAUAAAG